CGGAAAGAAAGUACCAAAAAGACGCAAAUAGGAGAAGGUCGUCAGGUCACUCGUUACCACCGGUAGCCGGGCUCCCAGGUCGCUUUUGCUUAUUUCCUGGCAAUGAGUAAAAUUCAGUUGGCAACAUACAGCAAAUGCAGAAUGCCGCAUGGCACUGGCAAACUACAGAAAUCACCAAGGAAAUAUGAAGAGAGUAUCAUGCUGUACAAAGGAGUGCCCAGGCAGCAGUCCUCAUACCAUACAUUCAGCAGUCCAGAUGAAAUUGAAAUGUUUCGGAAAAGGCUGCUUGCCUGGUACAAUAAGUGCAAACGGGACCUUCCUUGGAGGAAACUGGCUGCAACUGAAGCUGAUGCUGACAAACGAGCAUAUGCUGUGUGGAUAUCGGAGAUCAUGCUCCAGCAGACACAAGUGGCUUCUGUGAUCAACUACUACAAUCGCUGGAUGCAGAAAUGGCCAACCUUACAGGAUCUAGCUGGGGCUUCACUGGAGGAAGUGAAUGAAAUGUGGGCAGGGCUUGGCUACUAUUCUCGAGGGAAGCGGCUCCAGGAAGGCGCAUGUAAGAUGGUAUUGGAGAUGGCAGGUCAUAUGCCCAGGACAGCAGAGGAGCUGCAGAAGCUGCUUCCAGGAGUAGGGAAGUACACUGCUGGAGCUAUUGCAUCCAUAGCAUUUGGCCAGGAGACAGGUGUAGUGGAUGGGAAUGUAAUUCGGGUCUUGUGCCGUGUACGAGCCAUUGGAGCUAACCCCACCAAUUCUGCUGUUACUGACGUAUUCUGGGCUUUAUCACACACUCUGGUGGAUCCAGCCCAUCCAGGUGACUUUAACCAAGCUAUGAUGGAACUGGGAGCAACUGUGUGCACUCCCAGGGCCCCACUGUGCAUGGAGUGUCCAGUGAAGCAGCACUGCAGAGCAUACCACAGGGUGGAGAAGGAGCUGAAAGACUCUGCCAAGAGACUGGUAGGAAGAGCUGCCUCCAAGUGCUCUCAGGUGCUCGAUGUGGAAGAAUGUGCCACCCCUGCAGGUAGCUGCUCCCUUUGCCUGCCUCCUUCAGAGCCGUGGGAUCCUAGCCUUGGUGUGGCCAACUUCCCCAGGAAAGCCGCCAAGAAACAGCCCAGGACAGAGAGCACAGCUACAUGUGUGUUGCAGAGGAAAUGCCAUGAGGACAAGCCAGAGUACCUUAUUGUACAGAGACCAAGCACAGGUCUGCUGGCAGGGCUGUGGGAGUUCCCUAGCCUCCUCCUUGAUCCAGGGCAGGAGAAGCAGCAAAAAACAAUAAUGGCCCAUCACCUUCGAGCAUGGGUUGGCAGUGAUGUGGCUGUGGGACGCUUGCAGCAUGUUGGAGAGGUUCUUCAUAUCUUCUCACACAUUCGCCAAACAUAUACAAUCUACUCUUUGAACCUGGACAAGCAUGAGGGAAAUUGCAAAAUGGAAGUGGCACUUCCGCCAUGCAGAUGGGUGACCAAGGCAGAAUUCCAGAAUUCAGCUGUUUCCUCUGCCAUGAAGAAGGUCCUGAAAGCCUAUGAAAAAUGGAGCUCUACAAUCAGUGUUGCCAAGGUUACCAAGAGGAAACGGGACUCUCUGUGUUCCAGCCAGCCAGUACUUGCAACAGAGAGCAGCUCUUCUAAGAGGCAACUUUCUCUGGAUUCUUUUUUUGCACCUCCCCCUAGGAACUGAUGGCAAUAUCUUUAUUGUUCCUGAACGAACACAUGCAGGGAUACACCUUUCACUCCAAUAAUAAAGAUUAGUUUGGAGCAUCACUGCUGGGUCCCUCAGGAAGUUCUAGGACUCUCCUAGCCAUGUGGUUAUUGUAUGGGCAGUGGCAAACUGUAUGAUUUUCUACCAGAACUUAAUGGUAUGGGGUCUCCUGCCCAGCCAUCUCUUGAGCAAUUUAUAAUCUGGAUGGUAAGAGGAGAUAGCCCUGGAUUUUCAGCAGACUUGUAGAUGUCUUGGAGGGAAAUAGCUGUGACUGGAGCAAGCAAUUUAUGGGAGAAUGCUGAUGAACAUUAAUCCAACACUCUGCUCCCUCUACAUACAUCAUGCAAGCCAAAGAGGAGGUUAGGGAUUCCUUGGCUUCACUCUGAUGUGCCAUAUUGAAGUGCACAGGGGUAGCAUGACCAUGAUGGGGUGGGGCAAUUCCCUUUCUCCAGUGACUGCUGAGCAAAUCAGUUCAAAAAGAGAGAUCUAAUGCAUCCAGAAAGAAAGAAUUGCUUUCUUAGAGCCAACUGCUUCUUGGAGGCGAGUAACUGUAUAUAAUUAUCAUUAAUAAAAACCAUUCACACACUUCCACUUCUUACUAUGAUAUUAAAUGCCAGCAUUUGUGUAGUUAUACAACUGUUUUUAGAGCUUGCAAUGACCUGUUUUACUUCCAGCUUUGCUAAUAAACUGUUAAUAAUUUACUAUU